AUGUUGGGUAUUCUGAUCUUUUGGACCCUCGCCGCAGCCCCACAGGUGUUCGCACUCCAUGUUACCGGUGAGUGGAGCACAGACAAGGUUUACACAUUUCUGGCCAAAUUCGCCUUUCAAAAAACUUCCGUGGACGAGAUCGAAGGUACUCGGGGCUACAUUUUCGGCAAUGUUAGCAGUUUCAUUCCCACCUUUAAUACUUCGGCUGAAUCCCUUCCGGCCACAUUAGUCAUCGUAGACGGCGAAUAUGUGACAGACCUUUACGGAAACGCCAGUCGCCCAGUUCAGUUCUUCGGGAACGUCUCGGACCAAUCGCAUCGAAGCCUCUGGCUGGCAGAGACGAUGCGUUGUCGCACCAUGUUCUCACGAAUCAACUCACUCGCCUGGCACAGAAAAUGCCAACCCAAAGCGAAGAUGGACUUUCUUCGUCAAGUACCCUGCCCAGCGAAUGAGUUGUGCUCAGAGGAAGACGAUAAAUCGCGUGUGCAGCCCGGUUCACAGUUCACCUUCACUGUUCAAGACAGACGGCAGCCACGAUUCUGGUACCUGAGUCUAAUCGCUUGUUACCGCAACAUGACCACGUGUGAGUGGGAGACGUCAGCGUUGCCCCACCCCGGUGCUGUUGGUCCCCCAAUCAAUAAAGAGGGCAAUUCCACCGAGGUCACACCUGUCGCGGACCUCCUAGGUGGUCAGCAAUUUGUGCCCGCCCAAAUGAAGUAUGACAUUUGGAUGGUGAAUGGAGUGCCUCGACUACGAGAUUACUACCGGUUCGAGCACCAAUUUUCCUUCGAAUACCACGACAUCUUUGAGAUCAACCUCACCUUCGGUGUACUCUACUUAUUCCUUGGUAUUAUUUUACAUAUCAAAUACAAGGGCGAGUACGAGCCACUGGCGUGCCUUCUCUUCACCCACAUCUGGCUGUACGUCGCGGCGGCCACCCUGCACGCAAUUCACCUCGCCGCCUACGCCUUCGACGGCAAGGGCGCGUGUGCACUGCUCUACAUCGGCAACGUCUUGGGCUGCGCGUCCGAGACCGUCCUUCUCAUCCUCAUCCUCACCACCGCCGACGUCGGCUUCCCGAUCCUGCCAGCCGAGCUCUCUCACUUCGAGGAAAAGGUCCGGCGGUACAGAAAACGCCAAUUUAUGCGCAUUAAUAGCGCCGGCGUAGUGCAAUCAUCCGCUUCUGGUUUCUCAAACAACCGGACUUUGGGUGAGACCGAUUCCGCUCAAAAUUCACACCGUCGCCUAAAGGAAAUCCUCCUGCCUGCGUACGCGGCGACUUGGUCGGCGGCAGUAGCUCGUUCCGAGGUUAUUAAGGCAGCGACCAUGGUGCCGACGUCCUCUGUCGUGUCGCUGGCCUUCGCUAACCAGGAGGAGGAAUCGACUCCUGCUUGUUGUGGUCUCAUCAAGUGCACGCAGCGCAGGAAGAGGACUUGCGUCUACUUGGGCUGUAUGAUGUCCGCCAUCUUAUCCAUCGAGUUAGGCCUCUACAUCUGGGCCCUGUUUGAUCAGGAUCCAGUUCUGGACAUCUCAGUGUGGAACACCACGCCAGGCAGGCUGCUGGUGGCAGUUCGUAUGGUCUUGGCGUUCUGGUUCCUGUCCAUCCUGUAUCGACGCCAGUCCUCUUCGAACCUCUCCGAAGUCAUUGAGCCUCUUCACUUUGCUGUCGCCUAUCUCAUUUGGUUCCUUUCUUUGCCUGCUGUCGUGUUUGUCGCCCACACUAGCGUGUCACCGCUCUGGCGCCAAAAGACCAUUUUUGGUGUAAUGCAUCUGUCUGAUUUCCUCGCCUCAAUUCUCUACGCCCAGCUAAUCAACAGAGCGAAGUGA